AGUACUUCACUACUUAAUUGCGGAGUCUUGUUGAGUUGAGGGAAGUUUAAUUAAUUCUGUUUACUUUUAACUUUCCAUUAUUUUGGUGUCAAUUUUUUAUAUUUUUUUCCCGUUCAGUUAAGCUAGCUAACAAGAUAAUAGCAUGAAAUUGAAGUCAAAGAAGUAUUUGGUAGCAUGUUGCAAUCAAUAGGUUGCGUCCUUUGGGACGUCUGUGUAAAUGUACGAAGCUUUUGUUCAGUUCGGACUUGAUCAGAUUUCCGCGGAUUAAUCGACUUGGAACAGUGUUUUCAAUAAUAAGUAAUACUGAAACUCUCAACACCAUCUACAUCAUAGAGUUUAAAGCCCAGUUAACCAGCAAAUGUUUAUUUUCACGGAGUUAAUUAACUGCUGUCAAUCAAUCAUAUGGUCGUAAUUAGCGAUGUCAAUGUUUGUUUACUUGUGAAGAAGUUGUCGAUAUUUAUAUCAAUAUCACCUAUAUUGAUGUUUCUACGAUGAGCAAGCCGAGUUCCGAGGCCGAGUCGUCUUGUAAACGACAAGAAAAUGGCGACGUAGCAGCAGGCUCUGAUCGCCCACUCAAGAAAGCGCGCUUUGCGUGGCAAGUCAAGGGGAAAUACCACCUGAGGAAUGACACCAGUGAAACAGACAAACCCUCGACGGCCAAUCGCGAUCCUGACAACGCAGGCACUUCCUCAGACAGUGAGAAUGACUCCAAUGACCUUGUGGGCAAUACUGAACAAAAUCUAGAAAUUUUGGGAGACUACUUGCUCAAACAAGAUUUCAACACUUUGGACUCUGUCAUUACUGAUUCUGAUAAGUCUCUUCUGAAACCAUGUCCUAACAUCUCCCCGGGGAAGCUCUCAUAUCCCCGUUAUGUGUCUACUUAUGAAACUGGUGGAGCCUCUCAUAAUUCUUCAGAUUAUAGCAGUAGAGAUAAUGUGUCAAUUCCUAUGUCCAUGGUUCACCAAUCGCCGAGUUUCAGUGAAGACCAAUGCAUAGCUAGAUGGCAGGCCAGACAGAUGGCCAAAGGCUUUGUGGAUAACACAAUCAACAGAGUCCUAGACUCAUGGAUGGUGACUCCGAUGCCAACUGAAAAUGACAGCAAUCGUUUCUUAGCCUUGGAUGUUGCUGAAUUCAUAAACAACCUUCCUGGAGAUAACAGCAUAGAGAAUGAAGGUAUCCUGAUGGCAAUAUCAGCACACGGGCUACAGAACACAUCCAAUGCUUCAACUAGCACUAAAGAGGACAAUAAGAACCACCAAUAUAAAUCAAAAUCUUCAAAAAACAAUGUGUUCCCCUCACCUCCGAGUAGUCCUGUACUGUAUGAUGAUGAAAGUAUGAAUGAGACCAUGAAAGAGGAUCAAAGUGAUAAAGUCAACAGCCAUGUUCUAACUGACUCGUGCUCCUGUCCUGGCAAUGACACGUCUGGGUCAAACAGCAACUUGUUCCAGCCUAAUCCCUUUGCCCCAUUCUCUCUUUUCCCCGAUCCUGAUGGUUCCAGCGACAAUGAAGACAUGAAUGAGAAUACAAGUACAAAUGAUGAUAUUUUCGCCAAUCAUUUUGAUUUCAUGGAUGCAGCUGUAACAUUUGCUAUCCAAAAUAAGGGAUUAACUUCUUUUGGGACAGACUAUGGAUAAAAUUUAAAUCCUUCUAAUCUCUGGUUACAUGACAAAGAUAUUAAGGCAAUGUUAACUAUCAAGGAUCUGAAAAAUCUAGCACUGUUAUUAUACCUACUAUUGUAAAGGUUUGGUUUGUUUAAUUGAGAUUGUGGUACUUUCUAGAAUAAGUAAGGAGCUCUGUGUUUAAGGAAAUACUUUGUUUUUGUAACUUGUCCUGUCCUAUUUUUUUAUUUGGAGUUGUAACAGCAGUACAAAAUCUUACAAUUGCUUAAUAUAAUAUAUCUAUGCUGAGCUGACUGAAUGAUUUAUAACUGUUGAGACAGAUUUGUAUUGUUACUUUACUUUAUAGUAUGCCAUAAUUAAUGUUUAAUCAUCUCAUGCCUGCUAUUGUAUUAUUUCAUGUAAGUCUUUAUCAUUUAUUGUUCAUAGCAUUUAUUCAAUUUAUUGUUACAUAGGUAUUGUAUAUUAUACUAAAAUAUGUUUUAUGAUUUUAUUGUGGUGAUACAGCUAUUUUAAUAAUAGCAAAAAAAAGUAUAAAGUUUUAAGUCUGAAAUGUGUGUAAAACUUCCGUAUAUAGACAUAGAGAAUUAUGUAUGCCAUACCGACUAACUGUAGUCAAUAAAUAUGAUACUCAAAACGA